CAAGUGCGUCAUUUGCCCGGCUAGAUCUCACAGGAUCUCUCUCCCAUUCUCAACCAAUCACGCCUGGGCCCAUUUUGCCUCGGUUAAGUUUCUUGACUUGGCCGCUCGUUCAAUUAGCGCCAUCACGCCAAACAAUUUUCCUUGGCAGAAAUUUGCAGCGCACACUCGGGCCGGCACUGAUCAAUCGAUUAGUUGUACUUGAGAUUCACAUCCGUCAACUGCGUUGCGCCAAUAAUCCCAAACCAACCUCUCAGCGCAAACAAUCAGACAACAUGGCGGACGCAGCUCCUCGUGGACGUGGUGGAUUCGGUGAACGGGGUCGUGGAGAUAGAGGUCGAGGUGACCGUGGCCGGGGACGACGAGGACCUCGUCGUGGAGGUGCUAAGUCAGAGGAGAAGGAAUGGCAACCAGUCACCAAGUUGGGCCGUCUCGUCAAGGCUGGAAAGAUCCAAAGCAUGGAACAAAUCUACCUGCACUCUCUCCCCAUCAAGGAGUACCAGAUUGUCGACUUCUUCUUGCCCAAGCUCAAGGACGAGGUCAUGAAGAUCAAACCCGUCCAGAAGCAAACUCGUGCCGGUCAACGAACUCGAUUCAAGGCCAUCGUGGUCAUUGGUGACAGCGAGGGUCACGUCGGUCUCGGUAUCAAGACCUCCAAAGAAGUCGCAACUGCCAUCCGCGCCGCCAUCAUCAUCGCUAAGCUCUCUGUCCUUCCUAUCCGACGUGGUUACUGGGGUACCAACCUCGGUGAGCCUCACUCUCUUCCCACCAAGGAGUCCGGCAAGUGCGGUUCCGUCACAGUUCGAUUGAUUCCUGCUCCUCGAGGAACUGGUCUCGUUGCCUCUCCCGCUGUCAAGAGAUUGUUGCAGCUUGCUGGUGUCCAGGAUGCAUACACUUCCUCUGCUGGUAGCACAAAGACGUUGGAGAACACACUCAAGGCUACAUUUGUUGCGGUCAGCAACUCAUACGGUUUCCUGACACCCAACCUGUGGAAGGAGAACAAGCUCAUCAGAUCUCCUCUGGAGGAGUAUGGUGAUGUUCUGAGAGAAGGCAAGAAGUACUAAGCGGCGAAGAAAUGCUUAGAAGGGUGAUGAUCAGUUGCAUUUUUCAGCGAAGUUCCAAAACCGCUGUGCAUGGCGUAUGGACAGCUUAAGAUGUCUGUACGUGAGAGAAUUCUAUGAUUCCAAUAUGACCGAGAGCAUGCACGCAUGCGGUUUCCUCGAGUGCUGCGCUUGUUUAUCUGCCGCCCUACCCAAUUCAGAGCUGAGAGA